AUGGCUACUCACGAAAGUCCAGCCGCCGUGGCAGCGCUGUUGCGCCGCCACAAGCUUUUGAAACAACGUCAGGGCAUAUUUCAGUCUCGAAAUGUCGACUUUUUCCGCUACAAACGAUUUGUGCGUGCGCUCAACUCUCCAGAAUACAAGACCAAGUCUGAGAAACAUCCAGAGAAAUAUCCUGCGAUUCGAAACGAUGAGGAUGCAAAACGCGUGUUCAUUUCGCUCAUCACCGCGCAAUUGGUUGUCCCCUGUCAGAAAUUGCACAGUGCCGAGUGCAAAGAAAACGGUCUCAGACCCAACAAGGACAGCCCUAACCUGUUGCUCAAGGACAAAGCCACUCUGAUCCCCGACGAGUACUACGUUUGGAACUACAACCCCAAGACCCUGAUGGACUACCUCCUGGUUGUCGGGAUUGUGGUCGGAAUUCUUGCAUUUGUGUGCUAUCCGCUAUGGCCAACUUCCAUGAGACGCGGCGUGUACUAUCUAUCGCUUGUCCUGUUGGCCCUGAUCGCUGCAUUUUUCGGCGUUGCUAUCGUCAGAUUCGUCGUGUAUUUGAUAUCUUUGGGCUUCGUUAGCCAGAAGGGCGGAUUCUGGCUGUUCCCCAACCUUUUCGAAGACUGCGGUGUCGUCGAGAGCUUCAAGCCACUGUACGGCUACGGCGAAACCGAAUGCUAUAGCUACCAGAAAAGGCUAAGAAGAAGGAAAAGAAAGCAGGACAAAAAGGCCAAAGAUGAAGCCAGUGAAAAAUGA